AUGUCACCUUACUAUCAGAUUCUCAACGCUGGCGGUCGCACCUACGAAGAAAGCGAUAUGAUUUUCUGGAGCUGGGUCAUUAACUGGCCUAGUCCCAUCAUCAUUGCUGAGGGAGUGGUGGCCUUUACGCUAGAGGAAGAUAAGACUCUUGACCACGAACGGCCCUUGGAUGAAGUUAGUGUCGAAACGCACACCAUGGUGAUUAUAGAAAUCGAUACUUCGAAGAUACCUUUGUGGCGCAACUUUGGGACCAGGGCCUCGCAAAUCCUUUCGGAAUGCGGAGGAUUCAUCCUUCCUUUUUGGAAACCAAAUACUUAA